AGUUGAUUCUCUUCUUCCCCUCCCUCCGUUCUUGAAUGUUUUUGAGCGAUUUAUUAUAUUGCUGUUAUGUUGUUUAUUAUUUUCUGGGUGAAUGAUUCAAUUCAUUACUGGAGUUGCAAGAAUCCCUGAUUUUCACCCGUAGAGAGUGUUGCAGAAGAAGAAAGAAAAGAGUAAUGGAAGGGGGUGGGGCAGAUGAGAGUGGGAGCUCGUCAGUGGCCUCACUGGUGAAGUAGAGAAGGGAGUUUUCCAGGAGGUUUCAGUACUACUUGGACAGAUCUGUUCCUUAUACGGCUGAGAGGUGGAUGGGAACCCUAGCUGCUCCGUCCAUUUAUGUGCUUCGAGUUUAUUGUGUCCGUGGCUUUCAUAUCAUAUCCUAUGGUGUUGGAACCUAUCUCUUGAAUCUGCUGAUUGGGUUCCUGUCCCCGAAAUAUGAUCCUGAGCUUGAAGCUCUGGAUGGUCACACCAGAGAUUCUGAUGAGUAUAAGCCGUUUGUUCGCCGUCUCCCUGAGUUCCUGCUGUGGUAUGCGACCACAAAGGCAUUCGUUGUAGCAUUUUUCAUGACCUUCUGUUCCGUAUUUGACAUUCCGGUUUCCUGGCCAAUAUUGCUUUGUUAUUGGAUUGUACUUUUCGUUCUCACCAUGAAACGACAGAUAACACACAUGAUCAAGUACAAGUAUGUGCCCUUUGGCUAUGGAAAACUGAGAUACACUCGGAAGAAAUCUGCUGCAAGCAAUGUUGGCUCAUCAAGUGAUUGAAAUUUGCCGAAGAACACACCUUGUGUUUUUUUUUUGUGUCCUUUUGUUUUUUGCAAAUCCACCCCACUCCUGCAAAAGAAAUAAGUUGUGGAAUGGAAUGUAGAUUCCAAGCACUUCUUACAAUGGAAGGAGUGAAGGACCUGCCACUACAUUGUCGUUGCUGGUCUAGGAGCCAGAUAAAACUGCGGCGGUGCACUACUUCGUCCAAGGCGUCGGCGAUCCUGAGUCGACCCUUCAUCUGGUGCGGAGGCUUCGGAGAGGAGCACGUCAUGAACUGAUCAGAGGAUCGAGCCGUCUCUUAAAGCUUUGGCACAAAAAUCCAAUCAGUACAAGAUGAUCUGCCGCAAGUGUUAUGGUCGUCUUCAUCCCAGGGCCACAAACUGCAGAAAGGAGAAAUGUGGUCACACCAAUUAGUACUACCAUAAUAUUCGGUUGGAUUUCCACUUGCCCUCCACCGGCGAAUAAUUGAACAAACCGUUCAUUAUUGCACAGUUGAGGCUGAAGAAGAUAUGGACGCAAUGAAUUUAAGCAUCGGUAGAAGGGAAGCAGAUGGAACCUAUUUUCUGAUGUAUUACACAAAAACAAGGUCGGGCAAGAAAAAUUCAAAAAGUUACGGCUUGAGCAAAAAUUUGUUCAAGUCCCAUUUUCUUUUGUAUUCCGUAUAAAUUAGCUAGGUCAUG